GCGGAUGGAAAAACGGGGGAUGCGAAAUGAUACAGCUGAUGAAAAUAGAACGAUGGGAGGAGAUGCGAUAGGCGAAGAAACAUGAGCGAUGGCUAGGACUGGACAGCAGCAUCCGAGACUGGAAGAUACAUCCUUGGCACCAACAACAAAGGCUCCUCAAGAAAGGUUGAACGCGGGCAGCAACCGUUCCUAUCAAUAUGAGCAUCCAAGCAAACGCCAUGCUAUCCCUGUGCUUGUUGCUGACGGUGAGGACUGGGCUCGCGGCAGAAGGAACGUUUGUGAUAGGCAUGAUGUCUCCUGUCGUCCCUACAGGAUGGGGCGGCUUCGUCCCCCCCAACUUCCAGCGAGCAGCCACGGCCUUGAUCAUGGCGGUCCACCAUGUGAACGAGCGGAAUGAUGCAAUCGUCAAGAACGCCAAGAGCUUGCUGCCUGCCAACUUCAAGCUGCACUACAAGUUUGCCGACACUCACUUCACAACGCCUGGUGCCGUACAGGACCUGCUGCGCUGGCGGAGCGAGGAGGGGUAUUCCGGGUACACGCUGAGCUCGUGCAGUGUGAACAACGCAAGCACGUCGAGCAUGGUGCUGCAGAAGUAUGAAGCAGCUUCGAGUGAGAAGACAGCCGCCAUUAUCGGCCCGAUGCGAAGCGAAGGGUCGCAGACGAUCGCGGUGCUGGCGGGGCUGGCCAACACUCCCACGCUGAGCUUCGGAGCCACUUCGACCACGCUGAGCGACAAGAUCAGGUU